AGAGACCCAGUCCUUAUCCAGCGGUUCCAGAUGCGGCUUCUCCAGCCGGUGAUGACGCGGGAGAUCACGGCGGUCGCGUGCGCCCGAUGCUCGUGCCGCGGAGUGACGGAGUGAUGCGCGCGCGCGGCGCCACCAUGCAGCUUCAGACCGCGGCGCUCUGCCUCGCGCUCGCGCUCUCUCUGGCGGUAACCGGCGCCGCCGCCUUGGAAGCGUCAGAGGAGUUGAUGUCUUUAGCCGAGCUGGAGGAUUUGCUGCUGAGGAAACUUUUUCACGGUUAUCAGAAAUGGGUGAGACCCGUCCUGCACGCCAACGACUCCAUCACCGUCCGCUUCGGCCUCAAGAUCUCACAGCUGGUGGACGUGGAUGAAAAGAACCAGCUUAUGACUACUAACGUCUGGUUGUGGCAGGAGUGGAUAGACUAUAAGCUGAGCUGGAACCCAGAGAACUACGGUGGGAUCACGUCCAUCCGAGUGCCCUCGGAGAACAUCUGGCUGCCUGACAUCGUCCUCUAUGAAAAUGCUGAUGGACGAUUCGAAGGCUCGCUGAUGACCAAAGCAAUUGUCAAAUAUGACGGUACGGUGACAUGGACUCCUCCCGCCAGCUACAAGUCUUCUUGCACCAUGGACGUCACGUUCUUCCCCUUCGAUCGCCAGAACUGUUCGAUGAAGUUCGGUUCAUGGACGUACGACGGCGCCAUGGUGGACCUGACUCUGCUGGACCCCCUCGUGGACCGUAAGGACUUUUUCGACAAUGGUGAAUGGGAGAUACUGGACGCCAGCGGGCGCAGAGGGAGCCGUCGUGAUGGGAUCUAUUCCUAUCCAUUUGUCACCUACUCUUUUAUCCUAAAGCGACUGCCUUUGUUCUACACGCUCUUCUUGAUCAUCCCAUGCCUCGGCCUGUCCUUCCUGACCGUCCUGGUUUUCUAUCUCCCGUCCGAUGAAGGCGAAAAGCUCUCGCUGUCCACGUCCGUGCUCGUCUCGCUCACCGUCUUCCUCCUGGUCAUUGAGGAGAUCAUCCCGUCUUCGUCCAAGGUGAUCCCGCUGAUCGGCGAGUACCUGCUCUUUAUCAUGAUCUUCGUCACCUUCUCCAUCAUCGUCACGGUCUUCGUCAUCAAUGUGCAUCACCGCUCUUCGGCCACCUACCACCCCAUGGCGCCGUGGGUCAGAAGGCUCUUCCUGCAGAGCUUACCCAAAAUGCUUUGCAUGCGCGGCCACACCGAUCGUUACCUCUAUGCCGAAACGGAGCCACACCGGAGUCCGGAGCUGAAGCACGGGAUGAAGAAAGGGAUGAAGAAGAGCGCAGGAGGGAAGGAGGACGAGUCCUGGGUGGCCAUGCUGGAGAAAGCCACCAGUUCUGUCCGCUACAUAUCCAGACACAUCAAGAAGGAGCAUUUCAUCAGAGAGGUGGUUCAGGACUGGAAGUUCGUGGCUCAGGUGCUUGACCGGAUCUUCCUCUGGGUUUUCCUCACCGUAUCCAUAGUCGGCACCAUCCUCAUCUUCACCCCGGCUCUCAACAUGUACCUCAGCUCCGCUUCUUAAAGACAAACCCAUCCUUACCCGAAACACACACAAGAGACAGCUUUCCUUUAUAAUAAACACUUUAUAAUAAUGUACACCAACCAAUCUUUUAAUUCUCGCCAUUAUUCGUUUUCUAAAACGGCAGCUUAACCCGCAGGUUUAUAUUGAAUACUAUACGUAGUCUCCAGUUUCAGUGCUUUGUAUCACUUUUUCAGAUAUUCAAGACACGCUGUUAUAGGAAAAUAAUCAACGCUAGUGUGUAGACUUAGUUCCCAACACCUCCAUUACCUCACCGAAGGUGAACACACCCUGAGUGUCGGAGCUGAUAUUGUCGCAGUGGAAAAAUUUUGUACGUAAAUGCUAUUCCAGACUGCCCCAUAUUUAUGCAACCCAAGUGUUUUCCAGUGUUUUCCGUACAGCUGAUACAAACCUCACGGAGAGACUACAGCAAAUGUACUAAUCAACCCGUUAUAUAACAAGAUGAAACCAUUUCCUUUUGUCUUUAUACUGUCCAUCAAUAUAUUAACAGUGGAUAUAAAAAGUCUCCUCAUCUCCUCUUCAGGUCACCCUACAGACUUUCAAUCCAAUUUAGGUCUAGGCUGUGGCUUUGCCAUUCCAAAACGUUAAUUUACUUCUGGUGAAGCCAUUGUUUUAUUGAUUUGGAUGUAUGCUUUGAGUCGUCGUCAUGCUGAAAGAUGAAGUUUCUCUUCAUCUUCAGAUUUCUAGCACAAGCCUAAAGUUUUUGUGCCAAUAUUGACUGGUUUUUGGAGCUGUUCAUAAUUCCCUCAACCUUGACUAAGGCUCCAGUUCCAUACUGAAAAAAAAAAAAAAACAGAGCCAAUGCACGAUGCUGCCACCACCAUGCUUCACUGUGGGCUGGGUGUUCUUUUUGUGAUGUGCAGUGUAGUUUUCAUACCAUAACACCCUUUUCCUCGUGCUUUUGAGAGACUUUAAAGUGUGUCUUUGCAAAAUUUAACCUGGCCUGGAUUUAUCCUGGCUUUCUUCACCCUACCCUAUAGCCCAGACAUACUGUAUGAACGAUACGGAAGAUUGCUGUCACAUGUACUACACAGCCAGUACUUGCCAGAAAUUCUUUCAGCUCCUUUAAACCAGUUUUCUUUUCAACUUUUCAUAAAUUUUGGAGGUAAUAUCACUGUUGCACCACAUUUUCUCCAUUGAUGAUGACUAUUCAGGAAAUUCUUUUGUAACCUUCUCCUGACUGAUACAUUUUAACAAAGAGCUUUUAACAGCUGAACCUUAUUAGGGGUAAAUCAGAGGCACUUUUUAAAUGAUAGCAGGUGUGUACUGAUUGCUUAAUUCCGAACACAACAACAUCUCCAGUUAUAAAAGGGUGUGCACUUAUGCAACCAUAUUAUUUUAUCUUUUUAUUUUAAACCCCCCAAAAGAUUUCUGUUUGCUUUUUAAUCGUGUUGUACAGGUUUUUGGUCUCAUCAAAGCUGGAAAAAGACAUGACAAAAAAAAAUGACAUUUUGACUUUUUAUAUCCAUUGUAAUGUCUGUCCGAGUGUUGCAUAUACUGUAUGUCUACAUCUUUAUGUAAUCCAAUGCUUUAAAGUCUUGACAUUUUUGUUAAAUAUGUUGAAUUUCCC